AGGCACGUGGUUGUCACGUGAUUCUACCACUGUCAAAGGCAUACGUCAGAUUGCGCUUCGGGCCAACUUUAGCUGUCAGAUCAGUAAUUAGUAAUCAGCGAUAUUAUCGGGAGAAUCGUAUUUGAAACUUGACAUUCCAUUGCCAAAUGAUUAAUCAAUUAUUCAGUAAUCCCUUUGGCAUCGAUUAUCUCAUAAAUAUCAAAAACUUGCGACAGAAUGCCACUUGGGGAGAUCGCCUUCUGAGAAAACGAUGCUAGCGUCGGUUCUGGAGUAUCGGAGAUGACAGGAAUGAAUGAAAAAUAAGUUGACAAUCUAUUUUAUUUCGAAAGUGUUGUUCUCUGUUCUAGACUGGCUCAACUUCAUCGGUUGAAGAAUUUUUAUUCGCGAUUUUUGUCUUCCGAGGUACAGAUCGCACGAAGGUAGUAGCUGGAAGGUGCUGCUUGAUGGUUGAUACGAUUUGUAUGGUUUAUUUACGGUUACAUCAAAACAAACAGAAUUCUUCCUUGUAAUGCGCAUAUUUAUGCGAUCGGAAGUUUAACUCCUGCAAGAGCGAGCAAGGUUAAAAUAUGAACGUAGAGUGUUCCAAGUGAAACGGAAGUGUCGCGAUAAAAAGAUACGUUUGGUAUUGGGCGUGAUUUUGCCAAAGGCCAGAAAACCCUGAGGAUCGAGAAUCAGAAAUAACGAUUUGACGAUUUCUGCCUGGUUCCCAUCCGUAAGCUGGAACGUCGAUGUGCCCCAUGGGGAUUUUCAGCAUAGCACAUUUUGUUUUGUCUAACAGUGAAAGGUAUUCCCAAUGAUAUGUUUCAGUUUAAUGGUGCCUUUUGUUUGUGCGAAUGGUAAAUACCAUCGCAAUACGUUAUGACCGAGGCAGCUCAAGUUUUUCUUGAUCUUAUUUCGCCAAUAAUGGCGAUCGAAAUUCAGAGUGCGUACGUUCAUCAGAUUAUUGGUACGAAUAUCGUACCUAAUCCCGCUGCUGCUGCUGGUAGGAGCUAACCGAUGUUGAAUCGAGUACCUGCGACAGGAAAUCGCUAGGAGGUAUAAAAACAAAAGUGACUUUUUUCUUUUUGCCCGUGGUGACGUUUCGUACGACUAUUUGGCUGUUUGGUAGCUAAUCACGUCGUAGAUUGGAGAUAUAUCAACGUACAACGUAUAAAUAUAUAUUUCGUCAUUUUGUUAUUAUUUUUCAUUUUCGUUUUUUAUUUUUUCGUAUUUCUAUAAUCACGAAUGAUGAUCGUUCUGUUAUUGUUGGCCAAAGUACGUAGAAAAAGACUAUAAUCAAAACUCGUCAUCGAUCAUAAACCUAACACAAAGACUUGUUUACAAUAUUCAAAUCAUUCGACCAUGUUAAUGUCAAAAUAAGAUUAAAUUCAACUUCCAUCGAGUUGUAGAUGCAAAGUGUCUCGAAGCAAAUCUUCGAUUAGUGAUAACCAAUGGAUCCAAGAAAUCCAAAGACUUUUUAUAUUUACUACGUAUAAACGUAGAAACUAUUGUCCAAAACAUAUAAAAAUUCGUCUGUAACCUUUGCUGAUAAAACAUCAUCAAUCGUGGCUUAUGGAAACCAAAAACGAGACAGGAAAGGCGAGGGAGGAAACCUUGUAGAAAUUGAAAUGCCUAGUCUUAGAUCACUCGUCGUUCGACGAGCCCCUCCUAUAGAAAUGGGAGCAGCUACAAGUUCGGUUACCUCCAUAACGCCGCUGAAAAAUAUUCCUGAUCAGAAGAAAGUUGACAAAGUUGAGAAAUUCUCUGGAAUAAGAUUACCGCUAUUACGUAAAGAGCCAAGUUCUGUGAGCCUCACACCUGUGGAGAAACCUCUGCUUUCCGGAGGACCAAACGCGCCUCUUCUAAGACCUGAAAGCUGCGCUAGUUUGGAAGCACGAGGUGGAAGCUGGUUGAGUUUGGGACCUGGGGUGUUGAGAAAAUGUGAGACUGCCGUCGGAUUGAGUACUCUUGCUUUAGAAGGUCGUCCAGUCAAUCGUAGCCGAGUAUGUUCAAGAUGCUCCAGUUUAUUAUCCCUGGCUUCAAGUUCAAGGUAUAGUUUGGCUGCUGGUAAUUUUGUACCUGCUUCAUCUCAGUCCAUCAAUGGUCGAUUACGAUGCAAACUCUGCCUCCUCGAUGUCCCGCUGACUAAUACUACGCUAAUUGAAAGCUGUGGUUGUUCAUACUGCAAGGAUUGCAUGCAAAGCUACGCUGAAUUUGAAAUCAAUGAGGGUGCUUAUGAAAUUAGUUGUCCUGAUGCACAAUGUGAACAAGGGGGAAUUCUUUCUCUUCAAGAAAUCAAAGACCUCGUGAAUCCAGAAUUGAUGGAAAAACAUCACAGGUUUCGUCUGAACAGAGAUGUUUCCGUUGACAAAGGUCGGGCAUGGUGCCCACGUGCAGGUUGUGAGACUGUGUGUUCGAUAGGUGGAGAAGAAGGUAGCGUUCAUCCUCUCGGACCUGUUCACUGUCCGAGUUGUUCCACAGAGUUUUGUUCGCAGUGUCGUGAACCAUGGCACAUCGGUACCUGCCCCGAUGUACCCUCAGGUAUACCAAUUGACAACGAUCGUAUAAAAUGUUGCCCAAUGUGUUCCGUACCUAUUGAAAAAGACGAAGGAUGUGCUCAAAUGAUGUGCAAACGAUGCAAACAUGUGUUCUGCUGGUAUUGUUUAGCAUCAUUGGAUGACGAUUUCCUUCUCCGCCAUUACGAUAAAGGACCGUGUAAAAAUAAACUGGGGCAUUCGCGGGCUUCUGUAAUAUGGCACCGGACUCAAGUUAUUGGAAUAUUUGCGGGAUUCGGACUUCUUUUGCUCGUCGCAUCGCCAUUAUUAUUGCUAGCUGCACCAUGUAUAGUGUGUUGCAAAUGCCGGGUGUGUGGUUCGUCUCGAUUAGAACAAGAUGAAGGUUUACCAGAAGAUACGACGGCUUGAAAAUGUCCUUAGAAUUUUAGUAUGUAAAACUCACGAUAAUUUCUCAAUAUCUGAGAAAUUUGAAAGCCUGGCUUUUAAAGAACAUUUUAGAGAUCUGAAUUAUAUCUUCUAAAGUGAUUUGGGCACACACAAAUUCAUACAAUGUAGUUACUAUUAUUAUUUUUAAGUACCCACCACUCGCUGUCUAUAAAUCUCAUGAGUCUAGUUAUGUGGGAUUGUAAUUCUUUUUUUUUUCCUUUGGUUAGAGAAUAUUAUUAACAACAACGAAGUUUUUUUAAACACUGCUAAUAAACCGUACUUAUAUUGACAAAUAAAAGUCACUUGGCAUAGCAACGACCGACAAAGAUCCUUAAUCUAUUGGACGGCAAAUUCAGAAUCAGAAAAAAUCGUAUUCAGGGACUUACUUGCACUGAUAAUAAUUGAAAAGAAUUGAUUAUGAAUGAUUUACCGAUCAUUGUUCAAGAAGAAUGUUUGAAUUUAUGUAUUUAGUACAAGGUUACUAACAGGACUGAAUUUAUUUACCUAAUUUUUUACUAUUACAACGUGAUAAAGGUUUAUUACUGUUUUUAUAUUUAACGAUAUUUAAUUCUUCUUUCGCUACUAAAUAAUUGUGUUCAAUGUAUCCAUAAAACGCAGUAAGUUUUUCCGAAAAAUCAGACGCUUCCGUAUUACUUUAUAAUUAUUAAACGUCCGGUCCCUGGAUCAUCGUUUUGAAUGCUCUUUUCUUUUUUUUUGUUUUUUAGCUCAAUUUUAACGUCUCUUUCAGAUUUUGAAUUUUCUGUAAUCAGAUCAUCUGAGAUUAAGGUCGGAAUAUUAAAAAGGGGGACGACUGUUUGUUACAACAGUAACUAUGUAACCAAUGUAUUACACUUUAUGUAUGACGUGUAAUAAUUACUUGUACAAAACAAAAAAAAAAUUAAAAAAAAAAAAUUAAAAAAAAUGGUAAUUAAAUAAACAAAUUGACAAAUGAAGUAAAAAUAACUGGUCAGGCGUUUUACAAAUGAAAAAACGUUCUUGGUCAAAUCAAAGAAAUACCUAAAUAUGUAUAGUUUAGCAAACUAUAUCUCGAGUCAUCGUAAAUGUGUAUCCUAUGUUAGUCUACUUAUUUAUCAAAUAUCGAAACGAUUUCUCGUAAUCAUUGUAAAUUACUGGUUCUUGAUCCUUGGAAGCAGUUCAUUUUAAUAAUAAUUACUUCACGCUAAAUAUGCGUGUGAAUUAAAAUACUUCGUGUUAACGGUAGUGCUUACUUUCCAUGCUCUCUGGUUGCACGUAAAAUGAGAGGUAUAUGAAACAAACUAAAAAAUAACAACAACAAAAAUGAAAUAAAUAAACGAAAAGAAUCUUACAUUAUCUGAGCAUAGAUAUGUAUAUCUAUGAUCUAAAGUGUACGUGAAUUGUGUGAUAAAAAAAGACUAAGGAUAUUUGAGUUUUGGCACAGUCUGAGCAUCGUAUCUUUUUUUUCACUCUACUUUCGAAAGGGAAAGGCGCAUGAAAAAAGAAAUACGAAGAAAUCAACUAACAAUAUAACUAAAUAAAUUAAUAACAUUUAAAGGGCACAAAAGGAAAAUAGAUAUUACGGGGAUAUAUAAUAUGAAUGGAGCACUUGUGUACAGAUCAACGUUACAACUAAUGUUACAACUAAAUGAAAUUUAUUGGCGCAGUUAUUACCUACUUUGAUGUGGAAAAAAAAUACCAAGAAAACGAUGAAUGUAAAGUUCUUUCUAUUGUCGCACAGUGUAAUCUAUAGUGCCAGAAUUAUCAUCUGCUGAAAUUUCUGCUGUUGUAUUUUUGAUAUUCAACACUGAAAAUUAUAAAGCUGUAGACAUGUUUAUGGUGGUUUUUUUCACAUUUUUUUUUUUGUAAUUUGAAACAUUUCUCUGUAAAUAAGUGUCCUAGAAGAAAUGGCAAUGAUUGUUUUACAAUUGAAAUUAAAAUGAAUGCAAUUAAAAUAAAUUGUUAGAAAAAAGUCAUUCCUGAUACAUUGAAAUUAUUAGGGUUAUUAUUUAUUGUAAUAUAUUCUAAAAAGCAGGGCACAAAGGGGAAAUGGGGGUGCGGUGUACACUUAUUGAGGCUGUCGUUUAUUAAUUUGCAAAACUAUAAAAGUGACUCCAUCAUGUAGAUCUACUUAUUUCAAUUGUUAUUGCAAAGUUUAUAAUUUAUGGUGUAUAAAUUAUGAUGGCAUAUUAUACACAUAUUAUAUGCAUAUGUAAUAUAUAAUAUCUAUAUAUAUACAUAUAUAUAUUUGUUACAAUUUGUAUAUUUCUUAGCUAUUAAUGAGUAACUCAAUAUUCAGUAAAAAAAAAAAAAAUGUGAAAAAAAGUACAGUAAAUAUGUAAUAAGAAUAUAAAAUUACAUGUUAUGUAGAGUUAGACAUAGGAAUAGAUAAUAGAGGCAACGAUUAUGAGAGAAAGAUGAAGUACCUAAUAUACUAUAUCUGCAUUUCA